AUGACACGAUCGUUUCUAGCCUGGCAACUACACACCAAACAGCGUUUCACCUGCGACCAAUGCGGAAGAUCAUACAAACACCGAACGAAUUUGUGCAACCACAAAAGAGAAGAAUGUGGAAAACCGCCUUCACACUUCUGCCCGCUCUGUAAAAAAGGAUUCAAAAAGAAACAGCACCUGCAAAGGCAUCUGACUGUGCAUAAUGACGUAGAUCUAGCUUCUCAGGACCCAGAUUCUGACGUGAUGAAGCAGCUGAUGCCUUAUCUGAUGAGACAGGACUCAGUGAAGCUGGAAUCUAUGCCAAAUUUCAACGUUUUACCGAAGGUUGAGAAUGCGUUUGCUAGGACGAGUAAUUUUCAGCCUCUUUCUACUUUUCCCAAGAACGUUUUUCAGUUACCAGGGAUGCCCUAUUCCAGUCCCAUGUACUAUUUUCCACUGCCUCCUACACAGAGUUCCACACAUAGUUCUAUUGCUGAAGUAAAUAAUGAUUCAGGAACGUCUGAAGCUUUGCAGUCUUCUGAUCAAACAUCAGAGAGCACGAGUUUGAUAAUUGAAAAUUAUGCGCCCAUUCAGUGAAUUCUUAUUUUCAUCUUAAUUUUUUUUGUGAUUCUGUGAUGUUGCGGUAACUCGUUAUACACGGUUGUCCAAAAUUGUGUCCCCAUAUUUCUGCGGCUGGUAGUAGGUAUAGGUGGAUUCAGAAUCAAAUUUUGAAAUUUUGCAACGGAAUAUUCUCAUUAGUUAUACUAUCAUCAAUAACUUGUUGCAUAAUUACAAAGAGUGUCAGUUUGACAGUUGAAAUAAUCCGACUGCGAAGCGGGAGGAUCAUUCUGGUGAUCUGACACGAAUAAUACAUAAAAUAAUAUUCCUUGCAUGCAAUCAUACAUCUGAAGUUAUUAGCAAAAAAAAAGGAAAGAAAAUCAACUUCAACGCCCUGUGUCUUUUUCCACAGCAAUAUUUUAUUGAGUCAUGUAUGGUCUUUUCGCCAUAAUUUGGUCCAAAUAAUACGCCCUCUGCCUAUGUCCUGAUAGUUUUGACUCACCCUGUAUUUAUAUAAAGAAAAAUGUACAUUAG